ACUGCUUUGCAAAGGGCCCCCGUGGUUCAGCGAGAGCGCAGAGUAACCUUGAAGGGACCACGACUGCACGCGUCCCCGGCUGCUCCAGGCCCUGCGAACCAGCACCCAGCCCUGUUGCCCGCCCGCCUGGGCGCGGCUGGAUGCAGCAGGGGUCCCGCGCCCGCGGCCCUCGGCCUCGAGCGCCCGGAGAGCACAGGAGCGGUGUGCGGGGCCCGGGAGCGCAGCGCCCUCCAUGCGCCGAGGCGUGCCUCGAGACACGCCCCGAUACAGCCCGGGGCCCGCAUUGCAGCCGCCGCCCGCGCUGAGCCGGGGCGCGGCCCGCGGCCCUAGCUCUGCGGCAGUAUGAGCCAAGCCGAGCUGUCCACCUGCUCGGCGCCGCAGACCCAGCGCAUCUUUCAGGAAGCGGUGCGCAAGGGCAACACGCAGGAGCUGCAGUCAUUGCUGCAGAACAUGACUAACUGUGAGUUCAACGUGAACUCGUUCGGGCCGGAGGGCCAGACAGCACUACAUCAGUCAGUCAUCGACGGCAACCUGGAGCUGGUGAAGCUGCUGGUCAAGUUCGGCGCCGACAUCCGCCUAGCCAACCGCGACGGCUGGAGCGCGCUGCACAUCGCCGCUUUCGGAGGCCACCAGGACAUCGUUCUCUAUCUCAUCACCAAGGCCAAGUACGCGGCCAGCGGCCGGUGAUACCCACCCGACCCCGGACCCUGGCCCUCACCCGCGUCGUCUCUGCUGUACGUUCCCGCCAACUACCUCGGUGUGUGCCAGGUUUGCUGGCCCGCGUGGAAAUCGGGCUAGGUCUCCACGUCCGCGGCCACGACCAAAGCGGCGCGUCCGUGGCCCCCAGGGUUCCACUCUCCACAAGAGAGCGCCUCCCCUAGGCAGUCCUCGAAGCCCUGUAGGGCCCCUUCGUCUUCCCACGGCCCCCAACCGCCUCGAGGGUAGGGGCGGGGCGCAGGCUCUAGCCCAUUUUGAAAUUUGAGUCUCACACUGGGAGACUUCGGAAUCCCGAGAUACCGGAUCCUCCGCUUGAAAUGUUUUCUGCGGAAGGUGAAAGGCGCGGGCGGACUCGCGCUCCCGCCGCCGCCCCUGAGACCCGCCCGCCCACAGUGCAGCUCCAGCCGCUGGCGAUGGCAGAGCAGCCACUACCCGGCUUCACCAUCUGCGCGCCGUCGUGCGAGGAAGGGGACGCUCCGGGUCCCUGAUGGCCUAAACUAUUUAUCACGUGUGUGUAUAUAUGUGGGUGAAGUUUGUGCGCCUGAGUUUUUUGUUUGGAAAUAUUGUGCGUGGUUAUGGGAGAAAGAUGAUUUUUUUUUUUUUCCUUAAAACUAAAAACUUGAGUCUACCAUUUCUUGGUUGCACUGAAAAUACCGCCUACCCCUAUGGUUUUCUCUUUGCUAGCCCCUCCUCCAUCAAAUCCCUGAUUUUCCACACCGUACUCGGUUCCCCUCCCUGGAUUCUGAGUUUAGGGAGCCCAGGAUCUGUCUCCCUUCCCCCUCCGUGAGAGGCCACCAUUCCCCACACCGGCUGGUUUAGCAAAGUUCCAGUGGGACCUAAAGCCCUAGUGGCUGGGACGUGGGGAUUUUGAGAGCAUGUACCCUUCCUAGUGACUUCUAAUGUUAGUAGUCGGUUGCACACUUUUUUAAAAAAGUAAAUGAAUUUGCCACGAUUAAAUGUCAUAACAUUUAUGACAAUAUAAAAUAUUAACAUAUUUUAAGCCAAGUUUUAGGUGUAUUUUUUGAAUCUUGGUUAUAAACCCAAUUUUAAAGGGCAUUGUAUCCAGCGUUGUGAAGGCUGUUGUGUACCCAUAUUUAUAUUUUUAUAAAAUCCCUAUAAAGACUGUGAAUCUCUCAUACUAUUUCAGAAUGAGUGGAAGGGCUGCUGUGCCCUUUCUGGCACCCCAUCCCCCACCCCUAAACUCCAGGACCCCAUUAUAAUCUGAGGCUCUGGCCCUGAGGGAGGGGCUGUGCCAAGGACUGGGGCUGGAGGAGGUGCUGGAGCAUCACUUGCUGUCCCUGAAAGGAGACUUCCUGGUUUCUGUGGUUCCAAUUUUCUAUGCAACCCCACACCCCUUGUUGUUUUGAUCCUGGGAAAUAAAAGGGAGGCUGAAUUCAAAUUUAAAUGAGGUUUCCCCUUGUAAAAGUGCUGCUGACCCUGCGUGCAAAAAUGGGGAGCACUUGAGGACACAGGUGGGUGGAGGCCUUUUGUGCCGUCUGGUCAUAUUCUUCUGCAGCUUUUAUGAACCAGUGUGGGAAGAAUAGUGAUGAUGUCGUGAAACUGGCAGACAUUGAGACAAGCACAGAUUACUUCAAAAGGAGUUCUGUAUGUUUUUUCUACAUGCAAAUGCCUUUUUAAUUAUGUUAAUUAAUGUUAAGACUUCCUAGGCCUGUGUUGAAGCUUCAAAUAGGUCCUGGUUUAGUCUCUUCUGUCUGUAUGAAGUCUGUGGCACACUCCUGAGCGUACGAUACAGACUUGUAGCCCAACGUGAAAAAUUUACAAAUAAAUUUUUCAUUGGUCUUUUUAUAUUAAAAAAUGGUUUUAGU